AUGGUUGGUUCGUACGAAGAAUCAAUCUUGCGGGGACGGAUGUCCACUACUCCCUCGGGACCUCUGGAUUUCGUGGCCCAGAUCGGCGUGCUUGGUAAAGGCGACUGCAAACCGAAUCUCCGUUGUCCUCCUCACGUGACCGUGCCUUUUCCAGCCGUCUUCUACAGCUACGGGAGUGGCAAUGGGCGGAUAUCGGAUGACCAGCCAAGUCCUUAUGUCGGGAUGAUUGACUUAGAGCAUAUGCUCAGGCCCUCUGAAGAUAACGGUGAAAGUCGGAAAAGGAGGAGAUAUCAUGCGCCACCCAGCGAUGUUGAAGAUAAUGCUCCGAAUAAUGUCGGUGACGGCGACUCUGAUGUUCGAGCCAGCACUCAGCACCGAAGACGUGAGAAAAUGAAGCGGAGGUCCGCAUCGCCCAAGGCGCCGCCUGGAGGUAGCUACCGUAUCCCGCAGCAGGGUCAACUCCAGAUCGUAAUCAAGAACCCCAACAAGACCGCCGUAAAGCUCUUCCUCGUACCGUAUGACCUGUCGGACAUGGGCCCCGGCCAGAAGACGUUCAUUCGUCAGCGUAGUUACUCUGCCGGGCCGAUCAUCGAUAUGCCAAUGGCGUCUCGGAAGAAUCUGGGCACUGAUAGGCCAGAGGCCGCUUUGUCGCAUUCGGACGAUCCCAACGACCGCCCGGUGUUGCGCUAUCUUAUCCACCUCAAUGUGUGCUGCCCAUCGAAAGGCCGAUUCUUCCUCUACAAUAGUGUUCGGGUGGUUUUCGCGAACCGCGUGCCUGACGGCAAAGAAAAGCUUCGUAAUGAGAUUCAGCUGCCGGAUCCAAGGUACAGCUUGUACAAGCCGUCGAAGACGUCGCUGUCGGCGUCUAAUGCGAUGGCUCAUGCGGCUGCUGGGCUGGUGGGAGAGAAGGCGUUGUUGAGGGGUGGUGUGAGUUUUUCGUCGGUUCAAGAUCGUCUGGACGCGGUUGAUGGUAUCUCAUGCGGUGGUCGCGUGUCCGCUGGUGCAAGUACUUGGACGCCGUACUCGCCGACAGAUCGGUACUCGUCGCAGCCCGUUGCUCCUAUUCCCUUCACGUUAGCCAGGCUCGCACCCCUCGAAUCACGUCCGGGUUCUCGAGACGCUAUGGACCUUGGCAGUCCUUUCACUGGGCUGGCAAGUUCUCCGGAUUACCAGUCUCCGGAACCGCCAUUGUCUGGCGCUGGGUCUUCUUUGGGGUCGCUCCUGACCUCUCGAGUCGGCUCGUCGAGUGGUGCAUGCACCGGCAGCUACGGAAAGCUGAGUCCUGGCGAUACAGGGUACGGUGGCAAUGCGUUCGGCGCGCUCAGCAGCGGCGCGGUACCUGCCGCCGGCCUCCUUGCGCGUCGUCUCAGAGAGCUUGAUGUGGAGACUGGAGACUUACCCACCCGUUAA